AGAAAACCUAAUGUUUAUAUUUUUUUUGUUUCGGUACUCAAUUAAAAACUUUUCCAGUCCUCGUGAUAAUCAAUAUAAUGAAAUGAUAUAUUCUCGGUAUUAGAAAAAUUCCCUUCGCCGUUCCAGUCAUUCAAUCCAAUCCUAUUCGCAAUAAAUACCGCUAUUAACACAUGACAACUAAUAUCUCAUAAUUAUAUCGAUACUCAGGGUCCUUGGUCCCAAUAUUCACUUACUCAUUUACAACGAGCAUAAUUUAAAGAGUCGCAUUCUAAUUUAUUAAUACAUAUUUUAAAAAAAGCAAAUGUCAAUCAUCCAUCAUAUCCCCAGCACACUUGCGACAGCAUUCAUUAAAAAAAAAAUUCUACCUUCGCCCUAAAACUUUCGCAAUUAUACCUAAAUUUCCUCGAUUCUAACGACUGCACCACCAACUUAUACCGAUAUUUCCGAAAGUAUGUAAAUAUAAUUAUAUCCGCAUCCGCGCUACUGCCACGCGCUCGCCCACCCCUUCUUAUUUAACAGCCCACUUAGCUUAAAAAUUAACAGCCGUAAUGGGCAUCUUCCUCUGUUUCCAGGGGUCCACUAAACAACACAUCGAACUCGAGGAAUAAGUGAAGAUGAAAGUGGUAUCGGCUUCGUCCCACUUUCCCCCCAAUCUUCCUGUUCUUAACCAUUCGACCCAGCCUAGCAAUUCCCAAGAAACAAGCAAUAGCGCUAACCCGCCUUUGGGUCCGAGCUCUAACGUGCUCAUGGUAGGACCCAAUUAUAGGGUGGGUAAGAAGAUAGGCUGCGGGAAUUUUGGCGAACUGCGUAUGGGCAAGAAUCUGUACACGAACGAACACGUGGCCAUCAAACUUGAGCCCGUUAAGUCGCGAGCGCCUCAACUGCACCUGGAAUACCGAUUCUACAAGAUGCUGCUAACCACCCCCUCCUCCACCUCUUCCAACGUCAAUCAACCUUUUACUUCUGUCACUAGCUCACCGACGGUGAUAAUCAUAGGUGUACCCAACGUUUACUACUUUGGUCCAUGCGGAAAAUACAAUGCGCUCGUGAUGGAGCUGUUGGGCCCGAGUCUUGAGGAUCUCUUCGACGUUUGCGACCGAAAAUUCGGCCUUAAAACAGUUCUAUCUAUCGCGCUCCAAUUGCUGACUCGUAUCGAGUACGUUCACUCUCGCCGCCUCAUCUACCGCGACGUCAAACCCGAAAACUUUCUUAUCGGCCGUAAAUCAUCGAAUCCCGUUACUUCGAAAGAACGCGUCAUCCAUAUAAUAGACUUCGGAUUGGCCAAGGAAUACGUAGACGGAGAGACUAGCAAACACAUCCCCUACCGCGAACACAAAAGCCUCACGGGCACGGCCCGCUACAUGAGUAUCAACACUCACCUCGGUCGCGAGCAGAGCCGCCGCGACGAUCUCGAGGCCCUGGGUCACAUGUUCGUCUACUUCCUGAGAGGCAGUCUGCCUUGGCAGGGCCUCAAAGCCGACACCCUCAAGGAGCGGUACCAGAAGAUAGGCGAUACCAAACGGGCUACACCCUUGGAUUUAUUGUGCCAGGGUUUGCCCGACGAGUUCGCCACCUAUCUGCGAUACGUUCGUAGGCUCGACUUUUUUGAAACACCCGAUUACGUUUACCUCCGCUCACUUUUUAGCGAGAUAUUCACUCGCAAGGGCUUCAAAGAUGACGGCAUAUUCGAUUGGACCGACAAACAGUCUCCCUCAGCUUCUACGUCAGUUGCCCCGGCUGCCAAGCACCACCCUAACACUGCACUCGCUCUAAAUCCCUUGCCUGUAGAACAAGUUGCCUCGGCUCCCGUCACCGACGUCAAUCAUCACAGGGAGUUGCUGCUGCCAAAGACGUUUUCCAAUGACCACCCACCUCCCGGAAGCAGUAAUUCCUAUUCCCAACACAAAAAGGUGAGCAAUCAGCUGCCCCCCUUCGCUCGUCACGCCGAAACAACGGAUCAAGCCGCAAUUUACAGUGAUGUCGAGGUUGUGGACGAAGUUAAAUGCUGCUUUUUUCGCCGAAGAAGAAAACGCCGAAAAUCGCCAAAAGAUGUCGUCACACAUUAAAUUUUUUUUUUCUUCCACACAAAACAUAUAAAAUCUCUCGUAAGAAUAUUUAAUGUGAAAUUUUUUUUACACCUAUUGCUAAUAUUAUUGACAAGUAGGUUACGAAUCAAAUUAUUAGGAUUUUCUUUUAAGAGCUUUAGAAUACCGAAUCCUAUAAUCUUAUUACCCGUUCCUUAGAAUCAUAUCGAUCAUUUUUUUAAAGUUCAUUCUUAAUUAUCCCUCGAAUUAAUGAUUAUAUUUAACACUUUUAUUAAAUUUGUUGAAACUAUCUCUUUUUUUGCCAACGGUUUUAAAGAUUUUCUUCAAUCAAAUAUAAUUAACAUAAUUUUUCUCGUCUUAGGCACAAACUCAUUUACCAGUAUUUUCCCUGUACAUAUUAUUUUGCCACCUAAAAGUUAAAUUAUGUUCUUUGAACCAAAAAAUGAGCAAUGAAUCGCCCUGACAAUGUGUUUUUUUUAUAUUCUUGGCAUCCUUUUAUGAGCUGAAUCAUCUAGUAAGUUCUAAUGAACGAAUUUGGAUUAGAAUUUUAAUUUCUUUCCCCAAUUAUUUAUUUUAUAUUGUCUAUCACUCAUAGGUUUAUUACAUUAUGCAAAGCACACAACCAACCUAUUACCGUGUUAAGAAAAAAAGGAAAUUUCAUAAUAUGUAUUAUAUAUUAUAAAUGAUAUUUAUGUUUUUCAAAUUUUAUCCCUUAAU